CAUUGUUACCGGUACCGUCGAGAUGGGCACCCUAUCCCCAAACGGUUCAACCACUUCAGUGACAAGCCGUCACUAUUGAUAUGACAUCAAGGGAAAGGGGUAAAAACAAAACGAAAAACUACAGAGACAGAACGUGAAUUUUGCUACUCAUGCUAUUACUUAUUAUAGUUGAUUAUUCUACCUUAAAAUUACGUAUUUGUGCUUAAGACUAGUGUUGUUUCCAGCUUACAAACUAGUGAAGGUAAAACUAUUGAAUUACAUGCAAAACUGUAUACUAAAUGUUAAAAUUAUCUAAACUAAUUAGGCACUAAAAACUAACCUAAAACCGAGUUGGACAGUGCAAUAGAAGGGUCCAGAACUAUAAGGGACACUGAAAAUUUUAAAGCGAUAAUAAAUCGUCUACGAAAAUCAGUGGUCGCCCUUUCAUUCCUGUCGCAACACUUCUUUAAAAUUUUCACCCGAGAUGAGUCAUCAUCCCGCCACUAGCAACAAGUAUGGAUGCGGUGGAUGUGACCGGCCGGACGAAGCGGACAACCUGGUCCAAUGCGACGUCUGUGAUGCGUGGUGGCAUUUCAGUUGUGCCGGCGUUACGGGAUCAAUUACCGAUCGUUCGUGGAUGUGCACCCGCUGUAAACGCACCUCCCGCGCUUCCUCCAGAGCCAGUGUCACGAGUCGAUCGUCUUCGCAACUAGCGGAGAGUAUGGCACGUCUGCGCGAACGCCAAGAGCUGCAGAAACGGCGCACAGAGGUUGAGCUGGAAAAGAAAUUCCUCGAGGAGCAACGAGAAUUGCUGGAAGCUUCGAUUGCCGCCGAAGUAGAGAGAAGAAGCCAGGUGAGUCGAACGGAUAGCCGAAGGAGAGUCCAAGAUUGGAUCGAGAGCAGCGCGGACCAGACAACGAGCGCGGCUGAGGGAAAUCGCCAGCCAGCAGCUUCAGUGGUUCAGCAGCACGACACUCAUCCACGUCAGGGGAACUCGGAUGCCGCAGCGGCGGCAGAUAAUUUGGACAUUCAACUGCACAGCUCCCCUCUUCGCGAUCGGACAAUCCCUGCUUUCGAGGCCACGGGAGACUUUAGCGAUCUUCAACCACUGCCGGAGGUAAUCAGUCAACACAAUGCCAAGGAUCUUAUCCGUGAAUUACGUGUGAGACUGGAGCGCUGCUUACUGCAGUCGGAGCCAACAUCGCCUCAAUUGGCGGAUCUGCAGCAACAGCUGCAGCUAUGCAGAGAAGAGAUAGAAGGAAUGCAUUCUACUGUGUACCGUUUAACGACGGUGUCGAUGCCAGCGGCCCAAACCGACAACAUAGGAACGGUAGGCAGUAACGACGAGCUCGUACAACCGGUAGCCAAACCGCUAGGUGCUAUCCCAAAGCACCGGCCGAACGAGUUCCUUCAAGGUAAGUGUCAUGCCUCCGAAAACCAAAUCGAAAUAAACAAUAUCUCUCAACCGAAAUCACAUCCAAUCAUGCAAAUUCCCCCUCAAGAGCAGCAGCGUAUAGCCCACGCGCGCUCUAGUGCAAUAAAUAACGAGCAACCGACUGUUACCCAACACACUCCUUUUCCCCCUGCAAUAACCCAAGUACCACACCUACGACAGUAUGCUUUCGGGUACCAACCCCCAGUGCAACAAGAGUUAGUGCUUCCGCCCCCAGUGCAGCAGCCAACAGUGCAGCAAUCAGCUAUGCAGCAGCCUCCAGUGCAGCAGCAUGCAGAGAGUCAGCAUCCAGUGCAGCAGCCACCAGUGCAGGAGCCGUUGUUGCAGUCACGUACGGGGCAGCAAUCCGCAAUGCAGGAGCCACCGGUGCAACAGUACAUAGAGCAACAGCCUCCAGUGCAGCAGCCGCCGUUAGUGCAGCUGUUCUCUGUGCAGCAGUCAAUGAUGCAGCAGCCGUUGGUGCAGCAGAUUGUAGAUCGUCAGAACCCAGUGCAUCAGCAUUCGGUGCAGCAACCGUCGAUGCAGCGGCACGUAGAGCAUCAGCAUCCAGCGCAGCAGCCACCAGUGCAGCAGCCAUCAGCGCAGCAGCCAUCAGUGCAGCAGCCAUCAAUGCAGAAGCCAUCAGUGCAGCAGCCGUCAGUGCAGCAGCCGUCAGUGCAACGGCCGUCAGUGCAACAGCCUUCAGCACAGGAGUAUUUUGUUCACCCGCGUAUGCAGCAGUGUCAAGUUCGCCAUUCUCAGGUGCAGCAGCCUUCGGUGCAGCAAUCUUCAACGCAGCAUCCAUCUGAGCAGCAGCAUGUAGAACGUCAUCAUCCAGUGCCACGGCCAUCUGUGCCGCAAAUCCAACGACCAAUGCAGCUGAGUUCGGCUCAGCAACCGUCUGAGCAGCUGCCGCCCAUGCAGUAG